CUUGAGAUUGGUAUCCCCUUCUUCAGCAGGCCUUGAGUCGACAGCGCUUCAGCUCGAGGUCAACCUCCCCUCCACGACGCAGAUCGACUUCAAGCUGAAAAUCGACAAUCCUGAGGUCGAUCUCGGGGAUCAGAACAAGCGAUCAACUGCGCAUAACCAAAUGAAACAAACAACCAGACAACACUUACUGGAGAUUGUACUCCAACGAGAUCAAAUCAAUAUCAACCAACCUUCCGGACUGCUCUACGAAAAGACCUUCUCUCGGCGGCCAAACGUUUCCAGAGACAAAUCAGAAUGGACCGCGUUAUAUCGUUUUCGUACGAGGUCCAACGACAAGGUCGGUCCGGAAUCCAGGAGAAGGUUUACUGAGGCUAAAUCCUCGAAAUCGAGGCCGUUAUCGUUAUUCUUAUCCGGCUCGUACUGGGCUGCAAUGUGA